AAAAUAAAAUAAAAAUGUAAGAUUGUAGUUGUCCCUGUAUACGUAUUAAACAAUGAUAUAAUGGAGUAAUCCACACUCUUCUCUCUCAUCUCUCUCUGGGAAGACUUUGAGUAGGCACAGUGACUAAACCACACCUCCUCUAGAGAAAACCAGAGACAUAUACACACAAAUCUUGUAUCUAUAAUUUUGAUAUACAUGGCGUUUCACCAGGACCACAUCUCUCAAGCAAUGGCACUCCACCACUACUCCGACCAACAAUUAACCGACAACGCCUCCCUCUUCCACCUCUCCGGCCAGUCUUCGCCGCCGUCGGAAGUCAACGGCAAGCCUCCGACGUGGCUCAACAACGCUAUCCUCCGUCAGCAGAGCCACAACUACGCCGCCGCCGAAGGCAACUUUCUUCACCUCCAAACCACCAACUCCGACUCCUCCGCGUCCAAUCAGUGGCUGUCGCGGUCGCUGAACGACGACGUGGCGCCGUCCGGCGAGACGAUGAUUCCGAUGAGCAAUCAGGAGAAGAAGUACGAGAGUAACGAUAAUUGUAAUAGUAGUGAAGAGAAGAAUUGGCAGAAUGCGAAGAGCAAAGCGGAUAUACUAGCGCAUCCGCUUUAUGAUCAGCUGCUUUCGGCUCAUGUUUCGUGUUUACGAAUUGCGACUCCGGUGGAUCAGCUCCCCAGGAUUGAUGCGCAGCUUGAGCAGUCGCAUCAGGUCGUCGCCAAGUACUCAAUUCUUCAGCACAAUAAUACUCACCCGCUCGACGCAAAGGACCUUGAUCAGUUUAUGACGCAUUAUGUUCUAUUGCUCUCUUCCUUCAAAGAUCAACUACAACAACAUGUUCGGGUGCAUGCAAUGGAAGCAGUCAUGGCUUGCUGGGAACUUGAACAGUCUCUGCAAAGUUUGACAGGUGUGGCACCCGGUGAAGGUACAGGUGCAACAAUGUCUGACGACGAUGAUGAUCAUGAUGACAGUGAGACUAAUUUGUUUGACGGGGGUCUAGAUGGUCCAGAUAGCAUGGGAUUUGGUCCUCUUGUCCCAACUGAAAGUGAGAGAUCGUUGAUGGAACGCGUGAGACAGGAGCUGAAGCAUGAGUUGAAACAAGGUUAUAAAGAGAAAAUUGUGGACAUUAGAGAGGAAAUUCUCCGUAAACGAAGAGCAGGAAAACUUCCAGGUGACACCACUUCUCUCUUAAAAGCCUGGUGGCAAUCACAUUCCAAAUGGCCAUAUCCAACAGAGGAGGAUAAAGCAAGAUUGGUGCAAGAAACAGGCUUGCAGCUAAAGCAAAUAAACAAUUGGUUCAUUAAUCAAAGAAAGAGAAAUUGGCACAGCAACCCUUCAUCUUCAACUGUUUCAAAGAGCAAACGCAAAAGUAAUGCAGGUGAAACCUGAAAUGAGCAAUUCAUAUAGUGACCGAAAAUCAACAAUCAUCUGGUGUCAAAUUUUGGUGAAUAUCCAAAUGUUUCAUGGUGCCAAUCCAAUAGAUAUAAUGUGGCUGAAGUGGAAGACUCUAGGCUGUAACUACACUAGCUCUACUGAAGCUCAUAAUCUAAUGGUGCAAAGUAAGCAGAUGCUGCAAAUCCCUUGAAGUAUUUGACUUGAUACACAGACGGAUGAAAUAGUACUAAAAUGUGAUGUACAUACUUGGAGUCUUGGACGAUCCACAUAAGUGUAUAUUAGGCUGAUAAGCAUGUAUAAAUAGGACAAAUCUCGUUGAUAUAUAUGCGUACACUUGGUUGCACCAUGAAUCUUAUUUUUCAAUGUUGUCAAGUUUGUAUAAAUGGGAGCUUGCUUCGGCAUUUUCAUUUCA